GUCAAUCACAAAGGAAUUUUUUGACACUUUUAACACUCUGGACAAUAUUCAAGUUUUUUUUUAUAGCGUGUUCUUGGUUUUCCUGUAGAAAAAUCGAAGAUUUUAACGUUUUAUCGGAAACUUAAUGAUGAUUUCGUCAAUUAUACAGUUAAUUUUAGCUUUCCAAUCCUUUCAUUUAUUAAAUGGACGAAUUAUUGAUAUGACUUAUACUUUUAAUUCGGAUACAUACUAUUGGCCCGGUAGUAAGAAUUUUAAUAGAACUGUUAUAUUCAAGGGCUCCACUGGAAAAUUUUGGUAUUACGCGAAUGAAAUGGAGUUCGCGGAACAUGGUGGAACACAUUUGGAUGCUCCCAGUCACUUUUAUAAAGAUAAGUGGAAUGUUGACGAUAUACCUAUCGAAAGGUUAAUUGCACCUGUGUACGUGAUCGAUAUUAAAUCAAAAGCGGAAAAAGAUAGUUCGGCUUUAUUAGAAACGGAGGAUAUUCAAGCUUUUGAGAAAAAUAACAAUGUGAAGAUUGAAAGAAAAUCAAUUAUCCUGAUGAACUCCGGCUGGCAAGAACGAUUGGGUAAUAAAACGUUAUAUUUUGGCAAUGAUAAAAACAAUGCGUCAGACUUUCAUUUCCCUGGAUUUCAUCCGGAUGCUGCUGAAUGGCUUAUUAAAGAGCGAGAUAUUGUUGGAAUUGGUGUUGAUACCGCUUCAGUUGAUCACGGCCCAAGUUCAGACUUUUUAACUCACGUUGCGAUUUCUAAAGGAAAUGUUUAUGGCUUAGAAAAUGUUGCAAAUAUGGACAAGAUACCUAAAAUGGGGGCAAAGUUGACGGUAUUGCCAAUGAAGAUCGGAAAAGGGAGCGGUGGACCGGUUAGAAUCCUCGCCGAAUGGGAUACGCAAUCAGGCGGUGCAGAUGCAUUAAAUCCACUUUUUAUGCUAUCAAACCUUAUCACAAUAUUUCUAUUAGUUUUAUUUCUUUAA